GGGCAAUAAUAACUAAAAUACAAUUAGAAGUGAAUCCAAAGUCGUGGUCAAAAUGAGAACAAGUAAUCAAAGGAGGCGUCUGUAUAAGCAGCAACAGCAUAUCAUCCACUUCCCACACCAACCAAAAUGUCAUCGUCUUUGAUUCAAAACGACACGUCCACCUUCAAAUUUAGAGUACGGCACCAUAUUAAGUUAAUCUUGUGUAUAUAUCGUGGUUCUUAUCUGAAGGUGUAAGUGCAAUUGAAUUGGAACACUGGAGAGUUUGCGUGUGUAAGUCAUCGCCUAUUGAAAUUAAUUUCUGUGCACACGUCUAUGAAAUCAUCCAUCUGCGUCAUUGAACAAUCAUCUUCCAUGGCUCCACCAACCCCUGUGUGAGUUGAAUUAUCUAACCAAGCUGCACCAUUUCGUUUCUUUUGAGAAUAUUCUUCCAUGCAACACUAAUUCAGAAAUCUGGUUCAAUGAUUAUUCAAAAUUUAAAUAGGCAUGUUGAUAAAAUGUAAACAUUGCAAACUCAGUCGGCUAUAUGUACCAGCAAAAUAUAUGAUGCAACCAAAUUAAUCAAGAAAAAUGUUGAAACGCAGCAGCAAAACUUGAUAAAAUUGGAGACUACUUCGCCUUAAGCUACUAGUUUUCUCAUAUCCUAACCAAAUCCAAAAUGAAGCCUCCAAGCUCGUACAUUUCUGUUGCUUUUGUUGUCUUGAUUUCGCUUUGCCUGGCACCGUUCUCCUUCUCCUCUCAUGAAGACUUCCUUCAGUGUCUUUACCUUCAUUCCCCGAACGCCACCUCAUUCUCUAAGCUCGUCUUCGCCCGAACCAACUCUUCCUCUUACUCAUCCGUCUUACACUUUUCCAUUCACAAUCUCAGAUUCUCAUCCAACACAACUCAGCCGCUCGUCAUAGUCACGCCUCUCCACCCUUCUCAUAUUCAAGCUUCCAUCUAUUGUUCCCAGCGUCAUGGAUUUCAGAUUCGAACCAGAAGUGGCGGUCACGACUACGAGGGCCUCUCCUACGUCUCCCACCACCUUCCCUUCAUCCUCAUCGAUCUCAUCAACCUCGACUCCGUCCAGGUGGACCCACACAGUGCUACCGCUUGGGUCCAAUCUGGGGCUACCAUUGGUCAGGUUUACUACCAAAUUGCCCAGAAAACCACAACCCUGGCCUUCGCUGCUGGUGUGUGCACCAUUAUUGGUGUUGGUGGCCACUUUAGUGGAGGAGGUUAUGGUUUCUUGAUGCGUAAAUACGGUCUUUCUGCUGAUAAUGUCAUCGAUGCCCAAAUAAUUGAUGCCAAAGGAAGGCUUCUUGAUAGAGUAUCCAUGGGUGAAGACCUGUUUUGGGCCAUCAGAGGAGGUGGUGGAGCCAGCUUCGGAGUUAUUAUUGCGUGGAAGAUAAGGUUAGUUUCUGUCCCACCGAACGUGAUGGUUUUCAGGGUUCCUAGGACAUUAGAACAAAAUGCGACCAGGCUUGUCCACACCUGGCAGUCUGUCGGAAGCAAGCUUGAGAAGGACUUGUUCAUCAGGGUCAUGUUGCAAAGGGUGAAUAUGACCGGCAAGACAACUAUGCAGGCCACAUUCGAAUCCAUGUUUUUAGGAAGUGUAGAAAAGCUGCUUCCUUUGAUGCAAGAGAAGUUCCCCGAACUGGGUUUGGUGAGGGAGGAUUGUGUUGAGAUGAGCUGGAUCGAGUCAAUCCUUUACUUUGCCAGUUUUUCAAGUGGCUCACCUCUUGAAGUUUUGCUAAACAGAACUGAUCUAACUAACAGCCUGUUUUUCAAGGGGAAAUCGGAUUAUGUGAGAGAACCCAUACCAGAAAAUGGGCUGGAAGGGAUAUGGACAACGUUUUAUGAGAAAGAAGCAGAGUUUUCUAUUAUGAUACUAAAUCCAUAUGGAGGAAGAAUGGAUGAGAUUCCAGAGAAUGAAAUUCCGUUCCCACACAGAUAUGGGAACUUGGACAAAAUUCAACAGGAGGUAUUUUGGCUGGAGGAAGGGAAGGAAGCAGAAGAAAGGCAUAUUAAUUGGAUAAGAAGAUUAUAUGCUUACAUGGCACCUUUUGUUUCCAACUCUCCGAGAGCUGCAUAUCUGAAUUACAGAGAUCUCGAUAUAGGGGUGAAUAACAACGAAGGUCAUACCAGCUACGAGCGAGCCAGCAUUUGGGGUUCCAAGUAUUUCAAGAACAACUUCAAGAGGCUGGCAUACGUAAAGACAAAGGUUGAUCCUCUCAACUUCUUCAGGAACGAGCAAAGCAAACCUUCUUUAAUACGCAGCCCCCAGAGAAGAGGCAACUAGGCAGCAGCAGAGAAUAAAUCACAUUCCAUACUAGCUAGCUCCCACUGAACAUUAAUAAUCCAUAGACCAACGUAUGUUUCUAUUAGUUAGAUGAUUAGCUUUUCCAUCUUUCUACCAUUUUGAUUUUUCUGUAAUUGCACCGUGUGUGUCACUACCGUUUUGUCUCUGUUUUGCUUUUUUUUUUUUUUUUUAAUAAGUACUUUGAGUUCCAUAAA